ACAUUUAUGGUCACUCUAAGAUUAAUUUUUGAAAAAGGGUACUUUUAAAAAAUGUUAAGUUCCCAAUUAAUUAUGGAACAGAUCCGAGAUCAUCCUAUUUUGGCCACCAUAGGCAUUGCCGUCGGCGCGGUUUUAGCAUCCGAGGUGAUGUGGAAGGCGCUCUUACACAUUCGUUACAAACGAGACAAGGCACGCCGCGUGCACGAAGUGGUUUGCUUCAAUGAACUGGGCGAGAUUUGUGCCGCACAGCAUCUGCGGAACUGCAGGCUGGGAUCACCGGAACCGGUCGUGUCACACUGCCAGAACAAGCACUGCACCCUGAGAAAUGUGGGCAAGAUCGUGGAGCAGAUCGACCGGGCGGAGUACUCCAUUGACUUGGCCAUCUACACCUUCACCUCGCUGACCCUGGCGGAAGCUCUAAAGCGAGCUCUACAGCGCGGCGUGAGUAUCCGGAUAAUCAGCGACGGGGAGAUGGUCUACUCCGGCGGAUCGCAAAUCACUACGCUGGCCCGCUUUGGUGUCCCGGUGCGCGUCCCCAUCACCACGUACAUGAUGCAUAACAAGUACUGCGUAGUCGAUGGCGUGGAGCGCGUCGAGGAGAUUCGCAUACUUAAGAAGCGCAAGUGGAUGCGUCCAUGUUACAGUAGCGCAGUUAUCGGGUCCGUCAACUGGACUCGUCAGGGAUUUGGUGGCAAUUGGGAGGCCUGCGUGAUCACCCACGACGAGAAGCUAACGUUCAUGCUCCAGGCAGAGUUCGACCGCAUGUGGAAAGCCUUCGAGAAGCCUGAAAACCGAAUAAUUCAAAAGGAAUAGAAAGCCGCAACGGCUAAAACUUUGCAGCUUUUUACCAAAUGGCUCACCACAUUACGAAACAGUUCCUUAAAAUGUUAAAAUAUUUACUAAAUAGGUUUGAUAAUAAUUCCGUAAGUGCCUAUUUAGAAACGUUGUAUUACUACCAAAAAAUAGGUGAACAAAACAGUAAUUCUAGUUUUAAGCUUUGACUAAUUAAAUUAUAGUCAGUUUGUCCUGUCAAUGCCAUUGAAACAUUUUGCAGAAAGAAAAAAACAGCACGUGAAAUCUGUGAUUAUCACUCUGAAAUUGACUAUAACUUAGGAUUCGAAAAUUUUUGUUAAAAGCUAUUUGUUUAUAUACUGCAUAGGUGUUAUUACCAUCUCACUAUCAUUGUAAAACAAUCGAACUGUGAAAUCUGACUACCACUAAUGUUCAAAUAUAUAUAUCAUAUUUCCAUGUUACACUCAAUUGUAUCUUCCUAAAUAAAGGUUUCAAUAAAUUUUAA